ACUCAGUCAAGUGGUGUUUCAGUGUGCUUGGUGUUGGGAGAGCCUCUCGCGUUCACUCUCAAGCAGUGAAAAUUCUCUCUGCCUUCGUGUUCUGAGAAAUUGGUGAAAGAAACUAUAGUGCUCUUUGAGAGCUGAAUUAGAUUGUUCGUGUUGAAGGAAAAUUUUAGUUUAAUGCGCGAAAAGGUAUUCCCAAACCGAACACGUUCAACUGUGCCACAUACAUAGAGGAGACGGGAACAGAACGCGCUCAAUUCACGCAUGUCGUGAGUGACCCAAUUUCGUUUGAUCCCUGGCAGCCAGUCACUGUUAUAAAUCGUACUUCAUAGGAGCAGAGAAAGCGAAAGGAUCAUAUCUUUCACCUGAGGGCGCCAGGAUCCUUUUUCCUGAUGGAGUCAACAGACUACGAAGCUUAUGAAGACUACUACUUUACCAACUGCACUUCGGAUGACCAGAAUUGCACCGCAGACUUAUCAGAGCCCCUGGGAACCAAAUCAAUAAGUAAAAUUCUGUUCAGGAGCCUUUUGGAGUUACUAGCCCUAAUUGGCAGCAUCUACGCCAUACGCCUUCUGGCAAACAUGACCACAAAGUACAUCCUCAGCAGGUACGUCGUAACCCGUGCUCUUGCAAGCAUACUGAUGUUGCUUAUGCAGCCUUUCGACCUGGUGACCGACUUCAACGGAUCGUGGAUCUUUGGCCAUGUUUUGUGCAAGGGUAGAAACUUUCUAGAGGUUCUAUCAGGUUACGUGGUUUGUGGCAUGCAAGUCGGCAUGUGUAUCAACACCUACAUCGAAGAAUCCAAGUCAACGCCCAACUCAAAGCUGAGGUCCACCGCUUUCAAAAUCACCAGCAUAGUUUCGUGGUUCUUCAGCCUGUCUAUCGGUAUCUUCAUUUACAAAAGGUCAAAAGUUGUAAGGAUACAGGAAUCUGCUUUCUGUAUUGUCUCAAUCAAAGUUCUUAAAAAUUUCUCUGUUCUGGCCAUCAUCAUGGGAUCAAUCGUGCCAAUUACAUUCAGCUGGGUCUUGCUGCGACUAGCUGUGAGCCACAAGAAAACGCAGCCAGCUAUGAUUAGCCUAGAAGAGCCAGCUAGCGUCUCCUGGAUUCUGCAAAAGCGCUCCAAACAGCUGUCCUUUGCCAUAACAACAUCCUUCACUAUUUUCAGCGUGGUGUCUGAUGUGAUGUUCCUUAUGAUUAUCUUUGAUGUGGAGGGGUCCACUUUGUCUAACAUGUUUUCCAUAUCAGACUAUUUGUUCCCUAUCAGUGUCAUCGUUGAUUUGGCCCUGUAUACACUCUUCAUGCGAGAUGCUUACAAGCAUCUGAAGAAUGGUGGAACUGUCAGUGGAUGAUCCCCUUGUGGUACCUCUCACGCCUGUGGAAUGAAAAGCUGCCAAAAUCUCAGUUUGGUGUUUAAUAUCACAGUUGAACUUCAUAAAAAUCCUUUAUUUUUCUACAUUUCAACUCUAAAAACUAAAUCCAGUUUUCUUUAAUAUGAUGUUUAGCAUUCUGUAGAUUAUAUUCCUGAGAAUAAGCAGUCACUUUAUUGUUAGAAUUUAUUUUUAUUAUAUCCAGAAAAUAUACCUUACUUAUGGCUUUGACAUAGCAUGUAACGAGAUUAUCUGU